UCUCUCUCUCUCUCUCUCUCUCUCUGACCCAUUGGAAGAAAACAACCGAACCACUAUCGGAAAGUUCAAAGGUGAAUUACCCCCCACCCCCACCCUCUGCUCCUAAUUCUGUUUCGUCUACAUCUCUCUCUAUAUAUAUACACAUCCCCAUAAACCCUCAACAAAACCAUAUCUUCAUCUUCUUCUUCUUCUCCUUCCCCUUCUUAUAAUCUGAAAAUACAGAGAGAAGAAAAGAAAAAUAAAAAUGCCUGCAACACCUCCAAAAUCAUCUCUCCAAACCCACAGAAUCAAUAACACAAUCACCAACAUGAUCUGCCACAAACAAUCACAACCCACUCCACUUUCCCGCAGGUUCCCCCUAUCUUGCGCCACUUCCGUGCCCGACUACAUCGUGCGCUACCACACCCACGCCGUAGGACCCAACCAGUGCUGUUCUUCCGUCAUCCAACCAAUUGCCGCUCCUGUCUCCACUGUCUGGUCCGUCGUCCGCCGCUUCGACAACCCUCAAGCAUACAAGCACUUCGUCAAGAGCUGCCACGUUAUCGUUGGCGACGGCGAUGUAGGUACUCUCCGAGAGGUCCACAUCGUUUCUGGUCUCCCCGCCGAAACAAGUACCGAGCGCCUUGAAAUCCUCGACGACGAACGCCACGUCCUCAGCUUCAGCGUUAUCGGUGGGGAACAUCGCCUCACCAAUUACAGAUCCAUCACCACUCUCCACCCGUCGUCUUCUGGCACCGGAACCGUCGUCGUCGAAUCGUACGUCGUUGACAUCCCGCCAGGCAAUACCGGUGAAGAUACUUGUAUGUUCGUCGAUACCAUAGUCCGUUGCAACUUACAAUCGCUUGCUCAGAUCGCCGAGAGCUUGACCUCCCGGAACCGUACAUCGUCAUGACACGACCAUCCUUCUCCGGUCUGUGACGACUUUUCUUUCUGUUGAUUUUUCCAAUGUGGGUCCGAUUGAUAUCCGUUAUUCAUUGCCACCCUGAUGGGUGAAAUCCUUUACUCUCACCCAAUCCGAAGCUUCAUUCUCGUCUUUCAUGAGCUGGCUAUAAACCACGCAAAGAACCUUGUUUUCCUUCAGUCGGCCCUGCCGGUACCGGAACUCUUUGUUAGCGUCAGUCCGUCACCAUCAGCCCUGCCGGUACCGGAAUUCUACCUGAUUUACCCAUCAUCAAGCCCAUGGUUUUUUUUUUCUUUUUAUUUAUGUAAUUUAAAAAACAAACAAUUAAUUGCCCCCGAAAAGAAGGCUUGAGUUGCACUGCAUGUGAAUUUUCAAUAUGACAAAAGUAGCCUUAAGACUGUUUGUAUUUUGUAAUUCCUUCUUCGAUUCUAUGUAAAUAUUUUCUUGAAUUGAUUAUUCA